GCCAGAGCUCCUGCAGGGUGACCCGCACUGAGGCUGUGCUCUGCAGAGGCGCACACACGCACACACACAUGUGGCCACACCUCUGACUGAUGGACACACCGGUGUGACCUUUGGAUGCAAGACAAGUCACCUCCAAACUUCUCCAGUGCAGAGACCAUGAUGAUGAAAGCCUUUGCGAGACAAGGAGAGGGCGAAGAGGACGUCAGCCCCGUGCAGUGGAUGGACGGCGACAUGAGUUCGCCUGACGGAGAUGUACCUUUGACCUCGCGGCGCUACAGGAUGAGCGGCGCCAACCAACAACCCAGAGAGGAGGGCAGUGAGGAGGCCGAGGAAGAUGAGGAGGAAGAAGAGGGUGGCCGCGAGGGUGAAAAUGAAUCCAAACAAUGCGGCCCCAAGAGGAGGCGUGUGACCAAAGCCAGGCAGGAGCGCUUCCGUGCCCGGCGCAUUAAAGCCAACGCCAGGGAGCGCUCACGCAUGCAUGGCCUCAACGAUGCUCUUGAGAACCUGCGCAGCAUCAUGCCUUGCCACUCAAAAACACAAAAACUGUCCAAAAUCGAGACGCUGCGGCUGGCCCGUAACUACAUCUGUGCUCUCUCGGCCGCCCUGGAGGGGGGGCUGUCCAUGGAGAGCCGGGCUUUCAUGGAGACCCUGUGCAAGGGCCUGUCCCAGCCCACCACCAACCUCGUGGCGGGCUGCCUUCAACUGGGCCCUGUGCCAGCUGUUGGAGGGAGGCCUGACGACAGACUCCGGCCGCCCCCUGUGCCUCUGGGCGGCAUGGCCAACUACUCCUCCCCAGGCCUGCCGAGUCCACCCUAUGGCAGUUUUGACUCGGCUCACCUGCUCCAUCUGAGGGCCAUGAAAGGCGGGGGCUACGAGAGCCAUUCGCCACAUGAGUACACCACAGGUGGCGUGGGAACCCCACCCUACGAGGGGCCCCCGACCCCACCUCUGAGCAUCAGCAGCACCCUGGUCAGCAAACAGGAGCCAUCUCCUCACUACUUACCGCCAUCCCACUACUCCCCGUCCCCGGUGGACCACGGCCUGUACCAGUCUCAGAGCGCCUAUGGUGUCCAGGCCUCAUAUGACUCCUACGUCACCCCCCGACAGAUAACCCCCGCCUACAGGGACUGAGAGAGUGGCAGCGUGGGGUUGGGGGGUGCACAAUAGACUAGCUGAUUUUAGAGCAAUCAUACUUGACAUAAGUUCCGUUUCCUUUCCAAACUCGUUACCAAAUGGAUCCACGUGGGACGGAUCGCCCCAAUGGCCCACAAAUACACAAGCACUUGUAGUCUGUCUGAUCUAGGGUCAGAUAUUCUAUAGUCUGUCUGAUCUAGGGUCAGGUAUUCUACACAAUGAAAGUAUGUUUUAUUUAUUGCCUAAUUUAUCAUCUACGUGUCUUCUGCUUUCUUCUGUGUUUUAGUGACCUUUUGUCUUUUGUCUGUACUUUUCUUUGUCGUGUAUUUUGAAGUGCAGUAGUGUUUUUUGGUGCACUGGGGGUGGGGGGUCCGGGGGG